UCCGCUUCCAAGUUGAAGUCAAUCAGCCGCUACUCUUCAGCACCAAGGACAGCGCCGGCUGCAGCACUUUAGCACUAUGGCAGAGACUCAUCUCCAAGGGGUGGAAAUUUCAGCCUCCCAGUUUCUGGAAAUCUGGCGUCAUUAUGAUACCGAUGGGAAUGGGUUCAUUGAAGGGAAAGAACUGCAGAACUUUAUUCAGGAGCUCCUACAAGCUCGGAAGAAAGCAGGACUGGUAUGUUUACAGGAUCACUUUGGGCUCAGUAUGAAGGCCUUUGUGGAGCAGUAUGGACAGAGCAGUGAUGCGAAGAUUGGAAUAGUGGAGCUCGCCCAGAUUUUACCGACUGAAGAGAACUUCUUGUUGUUCUUCAGACAGCAGCUGAAGUCAAGUGAAGAGUUCAUGCAGGCAUGGCGAAGAUAUGACACUGAUCACAGUGGCUUCAUAGAAACCGACGAACUUAAGAGUUUUCUUAAGGACUUGUUAAAGAAGGCAAACAAACCAUAUGAAGACAUAAAGUUGGAAGAAUACACACAAAUCAUGCUGAGGAUCUUUGAUUCAAAUAAUGAUGGAAAACUAGGACUCACAGAAAUGGCACGGUUACUGCCUGUACAAGAAAACUUCCUUCUUAAAUUCCAGGAAGUCAAGAUGUGUAACAAAGAGUUCAAUAAGGCAUUUGAAUUAUAUGAUAAGGACGGCAGCGGCUAUAUAGAUGAAAAUGAAUUGGACGACUUGCUCAAAGACCUCUGUGAAAAGAAUAAAAAGGACCUAGACGUAAACAGCAUCCCGACAUACAAGAAGAGCAUCAUGGCCUUGUCAGACGGUGGAAAACUGUACAGAACGGAGCUGGCUCUAGUCCUCUGUGCUGAUGAAAACUAGCGACUCCCCUGGAUCUUCUAAUAAGUGUACCGGAUAGGCACUAGAAGUCUUAAACUUUGCUAUUUUUUAUCUGUAAAUCUAAAUCACAUAGAGCAAAUUAGCCAGAAUGUGCUGCAAAUUAUUCUUUUAUUUUCCUUCAUUUGGUUUGUUUCUAUACCGUUUGUAAUGUACAGUUUUUGUAACUUUAAGGGAGAAAAAUAAGAGAUUGUCUUUGUCAGAGAUAGAAUGUAUAUCUGUACACUGAUAAGGGUUGUGACAUGCUUGGACAUACCAUUUUUAGUUUGGGUGGAACGUUGUAUAUGAAACCCCGGCUUUUGCAGCAAUACAAGCAGUCCUAGUAUGUACUGAUUUAAACUAUUCACAAUUGGGCUCAUACAAGAAUCUGAAUAUUUUAGGUUUUGAAU